GGUACCUCCCCGCUGGACAGCUCAGUCAGCUCAGCUUUCUGGCUGGUGUCUGGGCCUCUUCCCGCUCUCUCAGAUCCAAACCAGGAAUCGAAACUGCAAGAGGCUCUAUGCAGAAGGCGGACGCAUCCUCCCGGUCUCCCAGCCUUCAGCAGGACCCUGCCCUGCUCCUGACGCCCACCAUGCCUCCCCCGGAAUCCCCCUCUGAAGGCCAUGAAUCCAGCCGCAGCCAUAGCCCCGCAGAGCAAGCCAUGGAGGAGGAAUUCCAGUUUCUACGCUGCCUGGACUGCCAGGCCCAAGCCAAGUGCCCCAAGCUUCUGCCUUGCCUUCACACGCUGUGCUCUGGAUGCCUGGAGGCUCCUGCCCUGCAGUGCCCCAUCUGCCAGGCGCCCCAGCCGGCUGGUGAUGAUGCAGAGGCUCUGGACAACGUGUUCUUUGAGAGCCUGCAGCGGCGCCUGUCGGUGUUCAGGCAGAUCGUGGACGCGCAGGCUGUGUGCACCCGCUGCAAAGAAUCUGCGGACUUCUGGUGUUUCGAGUGCGAACAGCUCCUAUGUGUCAAAUGCUUUGAGGCACACCAGUGGUUCCUCAAGCACGAGGCGCGGCCUCUGUCCGAGAUUCGAGGCCACUCAGUGCGCGAAUUCCUAGACGGCACGCGCAAGUCUAACAUCUUCUGCUCCAACCCCAACCAUCGGACCCCGACGCAGACUAGCAUCUACUGCCGAGGCUGCUCCAAGCCUCUAUGCUGCACAUGCGCACUCUUGGACCGCAACCACAGCCAUCUCCAGUGCGACAUUGGCGAGGAGAUCCAGCAGAGGCAGGAUGAGCUGGACACCAUGACGCAAGCGUUGCAGGAGCAGGACUGUAGCUUCGACAAGGCGUACCAACAGAUGCGCUCGGCCAUCGGCCAGCUGGGGCAUGCGCGCGCAGAUACGGAGGAGCUGAUCCGUGCGCGUGUGCGUCAGGUAGUAGCGCACGUGCAGGCGCAGGAGCGGGAGCUGCUGGAGGCGGUGAACGCGAGGUACCAGCGUGACUACGAAGAGAUGGCCGGUCAGUUGAGACGCCUGGAUGCUGUCCUGCAGCGCAUCCGCACCGGCGGCGCGCUGGUAAAGAGGAUGAAGCUGUACGCCUCUGACCAAGAAGUGCUGGACAUGCACGACUUUUUGCGCAAGGCGCUUUGCCGCCUACGCCAGGAGGAGCCCCAGAGCCCACAAGUCCGGGUGCGCGCCAGUGGCUUCGAGGAGUUCAAGGUGCGCCUGCAAGACCUGGUUUCUUGUAUCACCCAGAGGACGGAUGCAGCUAUGACCAGGAGAGCCAGCCCAGAGGCAGUCAGCACUCCCAAGGAUCCUCUUGACCUUGAGCUGCCCAAUGAAGUGCAGCGGACACAAGCCCAGGCCCUAGAUCUGUCUGACACCCAAACUACGGCUGUGGUACAAUCAGUGCCCGGAGCACACCCUGUGCCGGUGUAUGCCUUCUCCAUCAAAGGCCCUCCCUAUCGAGAGGAAGCCUCCCAGACAACCACCCCCUUGAAGAGAAAGUGCUGCCAUACUGAUUGCUCCAGGAAGAUCAUUAAGAUGGAGUCCAAGGAGGAGAAUGAGACAAGGUUGGCCACAAGCUCCCCUGAGCAGCCCAGGCCCAGCACUUCCAAGGCGGUCUCACCUCCCCAUCUGGAUGGGCCACCCAGCCCUGAGAGCCCCAUCCUAGAAACAGAGAUCCUCCCACCCAACAGCAACCAUGUGACCAUCGACACUAGACAGACAGAAGAGCGCAUUGUGGUGAUCAGCAGCUCAGAAGACUCGGAUGCUGAGAACUCGUCCUCCCGAGAACUGGCCGACAGCAGCAGUGAGUCCAGUGACCUCCAGCUGGAGGGUCCCAGUUCCCUCAGGGUCCUGGAAGAGAACCUCGCCGACCCCCAAGUGGAAGACAGGCCCCUGGUUUUCUUUGACCUCAAGAUUGACAAUGAAACCCAGAAAAUUAGCCAGCUGGCAGCUGUGAACCGGGAGAGCAAGUUCCGAGUGCUCAUCCAGCCAGAGGCCUUCAGUGUCUACUCCAAGGCCGUCUCCCUGGAGGUAGGGCUGCAGCACUUCCUCCGCUUCCUCACCUCCAUGCACCAUCCCAUCUUGGCCUGCUAUAAGCUGUGGGGACCCGGACUCCCCAUCUUCUUCCGGGCCCUAGAUGACAUUAACAGGCUGUGGGAAUUCCAAGAGGCCAUCUAUGGUUUCCUGGCUGCAUUGCCUCUCAUCCGGGAGCGUGUACCUGGGGCCAGCAGCUUCAAACUCAGGAACCUGGCUAAGAUUUAUCUGGCCAGAAACAUGAGCGAGCGGAGCGCUCUGGCUGCCGUACUGGCCAUGCGAGACCUGUGCCGCCUCCUUGAGAUCUCCCCAGGACCACAGCUGGCCCAGCACAUCUACCCCUUUAGUAGCUUGCAGUGCUUUGCUUCCCUGCAGCCCUUGGUUCAGGCAGGUGCUCUGCCCCGGGCUGAGGCCCGCCUCUUGGCCCUGCACAACGUGAGCUUCCUGGAACUACUAACUACAUACCGCAGCAACCCACAGGAGGGCUUGAAGAAAUAUGGCCACUACCUGAGCCUACAGACUACCUCGUCAUCAUCUGCUGCCCAGCUUGCUCAAUACCUGCAGGCUCUCAGCACCUACCUGCAAGGCCUGUUGGAAGGAAAUUCCUUGACAGGAGCAGAAGGCAGUUCUACUCUCUCUGGCCAAAGAUUGGCCAAAAAGGCCUCCCAGCAGAGAUGAAAGGAGAGGAAGCCUGGCUUAGCUGGUGGGCACAGAGGGUGGGGUUCCCUGAGUCAGGUCUCACUUAUUCCUGCAUUCCUAGGUUCUGGUAUCCAGUACACAGCUGCCAUUUGGUCCAGAAUAGGUGCCCUUUCUCUGAGAACAAAGUCCCUUUCUCUAAAAUUCCUUCAGCAGAGGCCAAAGGCACUCUAUCUAGACCUAGACCCUCCCUCUAGAACCAGAACCAGGAAGAGAAGAAGGUGUGGCCUCUGGGCUCUUUGGUCCAAUAACACCCCGGUCACCCCACCUGCAACUACCACGGGUGGCCUUGCAGUAUUUCCCUGAUGUCCAGUCACUGCCCCAGGUGACCUGCUGACAGCUCCUGUGGAUAACACUUAGAUGAUGCUGGCCACUAUGUGAGCAGCCCCUUGGGCACCCAAAGUGCCUUUUAAACCAAACCAUUGUUGUGAAUUUGGGUUCUCCCAGCCCCUACUGCCAGAAGCCAGCUGUGUUCACUUUUUUAAAAAGCAUUUUCAUUCCAAAAGGGCCUUUUGUCAGCAGAGAGACCUAGAAGCUGUUGUUCUUUCCAUGUCCUUGUUUUCACACUUUGACCCUUCAGACUUUUCUCUGUUCAUUAGGCCACCUGACCCCUCCUUGCAUUGUCCCCAUCCUCAUCCUCAGCUCUUUCAAGGGAUGUUCAGUGAGGCAUUGACAUCUAUGAGCACUUGGGAACAUGGAUCCAUGGGCUGUACUGCAAGUCUCUGGAAUCAGACACUCUGAAGUAGGGCCCACAGUGUUGACAGGUUCUCCACUAAUUUUGCACAUGCUCAAGUCUGAGCAGUACUGCUGUAAUAGACAUUGCUCCCCAUCCCCAGGGAGAGCAGUAUGGAGCAGCAGAGAAAGCCUUGGCUGUGUGCAUUGAGUGUGACUAGGAAAAGACCCCUUCCACAGCUCUAGUGUUCCCACCUGUGAAAUGGGCUGAUUGAUCUACAUUAUUAUCUCAGAGCUCUACCAAGCUGGACUUCCAGACAUAAAUAGCAGGGCAUAAAUAGAUAAGAAGCAUCUUCACCCUUAAAUCCUAUCUCCCAUUCCAAGACUUUGGUCCCCAACCUCAUGGUCACCUUGGAGAUCAGAAGCAGAACACUAGGAGGUCAGCUGUUCCCUGUGAUUAGCAGAACUCCUGUCAUUGUUGAUCCCCCAUCCCAUCCCAUCCCUGCUCUCUGCUCCUGGGAGUUCCUCUAGAUAGCCCAGGGUGCCACCCUUGAAAGCUGCUGGCCUCAAACUUUCAUAUGGGUGAAGCCUGCAUGCCCACGGCCCCAGUUCCAUCUUGUGGGUGUCUAUAGAAGUUUAUUCCUACCACAGGAACACUAACUCUGACACUGAAUUCUGAUGUAUUUCCUAUAAGACUUUGAAAGCUCUGGUUCUGAGGGAGCCUAAGGGUGGAGGAGGAGAAGGGAGACUGAACUACAGCCUGGUCAUGCUGGCAAGACAGUGCUGGGGCUCUGCCUCAUACUUUGCUCUGGGCCUAGCCCUCGGCUAACAGGGCCCACUGAGUCCCAGCCCCUCCAGGCCGGCUGUCUUCUGGUACCAUUUAUCUUGAAUUUAUGACAGAAGGUACCCCUGCCCUAUUGCCACUGUCACAGCCUUUAAUAAAGAUACGAAUCUUGAAAGCCUGGUGUUCCAAUUACAAACUACUCAUCUAUCUUCCCAAAAGGAGCCAUUAAGCCAGCUCCUGCCUGGGGAGGAGAGGCUCUCCCAGCUAUGGGUGAGCAAGUGCUUGCCCAACUUUUGGGGGGGGGGGUCUUUCAGAGUUAGUAGAGUGAGAGGCCCUUUAUUCAGUGCUAAGGGUAUCAAGGAUAUAAACCCACUAUUUCAAGUAGGGAGACCAGGAGAGCUUGCCUCAGGAUCUCUUUCAAAGUGGGAGCAACUGCAGGGAAAGAGACACCAACUUUAAGAAUCUCUUUCUAGAAGGAGACAGGAGACCAGGGCCUGUAGGAACUUUACCGCUUGAUCCUCUCUUGCUGCUUUUAGGUCUCUAGAGUUGACAGUAAAAUCCUAAAAGCAGGAAGUGAGGGGAAGCCUAGGACAUAGGCGAUGUGCAGCCCAUGCAUUGUCUUAGUUGUUUCAGAUGGAACUCACCUUAGCACCUGUAGUGUUUCUCACUGUACAACUGUCUAGGGAUUGGUGCUCACUGGUUGGGUAAGCAGCCAGGGAAUGGACAGUGCCACCACCCUGAAACUCACUCACUGUCCCAGGUGCCCACAUUCUACUCCUGGAGCUUUAUUCUCUCAACUUGACCCCAUGACCAAAAAAUACCGAAGUCUAAAUAUGUUGUACGUGCUGCAGUUUUGGAUUCUAUCAGGAUUUACCCAUCAACCAACAAAGACCUUGCUGGGUUAGAAGUCA